CAUUCAGCCCAGAAGCCAACCCUUAAGAAGACUACAAGCAUCUAGUGAUGUAGUGCAGCGCAUGCAAGGAGUUUUUCAGGGAGACAUGAUGAAAGAAUUCUUGGCUGAAUUCAUAAGUACAUAUAUCAUGAUGGUGUUUGGUUUGGGGUCCGUGGCCCAGAAGGUUCUGGGGGGAAGUAAUUAUGGGACAUACCUCAGCAUCAACUUGGCAUUUGGCUUUGGCGUCGCCAUGGGGGUCCACAUAGCUGGGGGAAUCUCUGGCGCCCACAUGAACUGUGCCAUUACUUUUACGAGCUGUGUCCUGGGUCAGAUGUCCUGGAAGAAAUUUCCUGUCUAUACAGUGGGACAGUGCUUUGGGUCCUUCUUGGCAUCGUUUACCAUAUAUGGCCUCUACUAUGAAGCACUCAUGCGGUAUACAAAUGGGAAUUUGACAGUAACUGGACCCCAGGCAACUGCUGGCAUCUUUGCUACUUACCCUGCUUCCCACAUGACUCUGUGGAGGGGAUUCAUAGAUGAGACAUACUUAACCGGACUACUCCAGCUAUGCCUGUUGGCCAUCACUGACAAAAAGAACAACCCGGCUCUGCAAGGGACCCACGCUUUGGUUAUAGGUAUCCUCGUGGUCACAAUAGGAUUGUCACUGGGCAUGAACACUGGUUAUGCCAUCAACCCGUCCAGGGACCUGCCCCCAAGGAUCUUCACGAGCAUUGCUGGCUGGGGCAAUGAAGUCUUCACAGCGGGGAACAGCUGGUGGUGGGUCCCUGUGGUAGCCCCGCUAUUGGGAGCUGUCAUGGGAGCCGUUGUCUACCUAACCUUUGUUGGAUCCAGCAACAUUCCUCAGAAUCGAAAUGCAGAGGUUAUGCCUAACCCUCAAGUCCUGCAGCCUGGGAAGCCGAAGGUGGUUGUAGUCUCAUCUCUUCAGCCACCUGCGCCUUCCCCCGCCUCUCACUCAAAUGGGAGCUCUCCCCAGGCUGCCCCUCUUCCUCCUGCAUCCCCUUCUCCUUUAUCCCUUUCAUUUAAAUCUAUUUCUCCUAGAAUUAAAGAGGAAGAGGACACAUUUAUGUGACAAGGAGACAAAUAAAGUCAUCCCAAAGAAA